AAAUAGUAUAGCUAGAGAUUGUUUGGCAGAGGUGAAUAUUGCGAACGUUAAGAGCGAUAUAGUGGCCGAAAUAUUGAUUACCAUGAGAAGAUGUCUCAUGUACCACACCGAUCUUACCCUUAGAAAUGUCGUAGAAUUAGCCUACAUUUUGUACAUUAAUCUACAAGAGGCCAGAAGAAGUGGAAAAUUUCGCCAAGAUAUUCAAGUAUCUGUAAAUUCAAACCGCGUGACAAAUAAAGAAGACAUUCAAAGGGAAAUCGUUUCCAACGUGUGCAAUCUGCAGCAGAGGUAUCCAUGCGUCACCCCUAGGACGAUAAUGAUGUAUUGCCUGGAUCUUUUUAAGAAGUUUCAAGAGGGGCCUCUCAUACCUUUGUCAUCUAGGAUCGAUGGCUCAACAAAUUAUGGAAAUUUAGGCGGCAGUCAUUUUGGUAAUUUAGGUGAUGGUAUGCAAUCUAUGGGAGAUAAUGCUGAGCUGAUGGGAGCUUUAAAUGACCUAAAGAAUUCCACUCGUGAUCUAAAACAUAACGCGGAAAGAUUCGAUGAUCUCAUGCACAUACUCGACAGGAAAGGGGAUUUAGCAAAGGUUGCAAUCAAGAAAGUUCAACCAGAUAAGACCAUAAAAUUGAGCCAGCAUAAAUCAAGAACGAACAAAAAAGGAAAGGAUCAAAAAAUCAAUAAAGAAUACAUAAUCGAAUACUUCAAAAAUGAGAAGGCGGAAUCACCAUAUUACGGAGGAGGGUCUCCUGGUGCUUAUGAAAAGGACUACGUUUAUGAAGCCGAGACAGCACCCGCUCCUAAAGAAAAAGAAAAAAAAAAGAAAAAAGAAUCAAAAAAAUGGUGGAAGAAGUAGAUUGGAUAAUAAAUUUCAUUCUCGAAAAUUUUUCCCCCCC